GGUUAUUAAAGUCUCUGUGCUUCACCAGUCUUUCCUUCCUGUUGCUGCACAUCAUUUUCCACAUCACGUUGGCUAGCCUGGAAGCUCAACACCGUAUUGGACCUAGUUACAACUGCUCCACAUGGGAAAAGACAUUUCGGCAGAUUGGCUUUGAAAGCUUAAAGGGAGCUGAUGCUGGCAAUGGGAUCAGAGUGUUCGUGCCUGAUAUCGGGAUGUUCAUUGCUAGUCUGACCAUCUGGCUCGUCUGCAGAAACAUUGUUCAGAAACCAGUGACAGAAGAAGCAGCACAGUAUAACUCGGAGUUUGAAAAUGAAGAAUUGGCUGGAGGAGAAAAAAUAGAUCCAGAAGAGGCACUGAUCUACGAAGAGGAUUUAGAUGAAGGGGACGGUGUUGAAGGCGAGGUGGAAGAGAGCACAAAAUUAAAAAUGUUCCGCAGACUCGCCUCUGUGGCCUCCAAGCUUAAGGAGUUUAUCGGCAACAUGAUCACCACCGCGGGAAAGGUCGUGGUGACGAUUUUACUCGGUUCGUCAGGUAUGAUGUUGCCAUCUUUGACCUCAUCUGUGUACUUCUUUGUAUUUUUGGGUCUGUGCACCUGGUGGUCCUGGUGCCGCACGUUCGAUCCGUUGCUGUUCAGCUGUCUCUGUGUUCUGCUGGCUAUUUUCACUGCGGGGCACUUGAUUGGACUUUAUUUAUACCAGUUCCAAUUCUUUCAAGAAGCCGUUCCACCCAAUGACUACUAUGCGAGAAUGACAACGUAUAACCUCAUUGAUUAUUCGCCAAUGGCAGAGGGAAAAUCAAACCUUUGUAAUGGUGAUCAACACUGCAACCAGUUGAUCAAACUAGUACUACCCAAAGUGGGAUAG